AUGAGCUCUUACUUUGUAAACUCGUUCUCAGGGCGCUACCCAAAUGGCCCCGACUAUCAGUUACUAAAUUAUGGGACCGGCAGUUCCAUGAACGGUUCUUACAGAGAUUCAAGCACCAUGCAUUCCAGCUCUUAUGGCUACAACUACAAUGGGAUGGACCUUAGCAUCAACCGCUCAGCCUCCUCUAGUCACUUUGGGGCUGUGGGGGAGAGCUCCCGCGGUUUCCCUUCUCCAGCUCAGGAGAGCAGGUUUAGGCAGGCGUCUAGCUGCUCCUUAUCUUCUCCCGACUCCCUGCCCUGCUCCAACAGCGAGAGCCAUGGAGGCAAACCCGCCCCGUCCCCCUCCGACCAAGCUACUUCUGCCAGCACCACCACCACAAAUUUCACAGAACUAGACGAGACCAGCGCGUCCUCGGGAGCCGACGAGGGCACUCCAAUAAGCAGCAGCAUCCCCCGAGCGCAGGCAGAGCCCAUCGCAACCUCCACCGCGGCAGCAGAAGGGCAGGCACCUCAGAUAUUCCCUUGGAUGAGGAAACUUCACAUUAGCCAUGACAUGACUGGACCAGACGGUAAGAGGGCGAGGACAGCGUACACUCGCUACCAGACCCUGGAGUUGGAAAAGGAAUUCCACUUCAAUAGAUAUCUCACCCGCAGGAGGAGAAUAGAGAUCGCUCACGCUCUCUGCCUCUCCGAGCGCCAGAUCAAAAUCUGGUUCCAGAACAGGAGGAUGAAAUGGAAGAAGGAUAAUAAACUGAAAAGCAUGAGCUUAGCCUCGGCGGGCAGCGCCUUUCAGCCAUAA